AUAACAAUAGCAACAACAAAAAAUAAUAAAAAUAACACGUUUUUAGCAGAAGAUUUAUAAAAGAAAACAAAACAAACAAAAUUUAAACAAAAAAUUCUUUUAAUUAAAAAAAAAUAUUUAGAAUUUUAAUUGAUUAAAAUUAAGCAAGAAAAAGGAUUACAAAUUUUUUUAUUUUUAAAUAAAAUAAAAUUUGGAAAAAUUUCAUUCAUUAAAACUACAACACGGCUGGCCGGUAUUUAUAACAAACACAACAAACGAAUAAAAAUAAACAAUUAACUGACAAGAGAUAACUGACAACAACAACAAAAAACAAAGAUAAUUAAAAUAAAAUGUCGCAAACUGAAAUGAAACCAUCCUCUUCCUCACCCACACCCUCCUCCGCUUCGACACCCGAUGUCAUCAACAAAGCAGCCACCAAAUUGUGUCACAUUGUUAAGCGGCCGGAUUUUGAUGGUUACGGCUUCAAUUUGCAUUCGGAGAAGGCAAAACCAGGACAAUUUAUUGGCAAAGUUGAUGCCAAGUCACCGGCAGAAGCUGCCGGUCUUAAAGAGGGUGACCGUAUCAUAGAAGUCAAUGGAAUGGCCAUUAACAGUGAGACCCACAAACAAGUAGUGCAGCGUAUAAAGGCAAUGUCCGGUGAGGUGCGUUUGUUGCUGGUCGAUGUGGAGGGCAAGGGAGAUGGUAUGCUACAUAAUGGCCAGCAAAGUAAUGGUAAAACUACUAUGGAAACCAGCAAAACGGAACAGGUUUUACCUGGAGCCAGUGAAAAUAUCAACAGCAUUACCAUGGUGUCCACCAAAAGACCCUCACAAGAAUCCCAACGCUCUAGUGGGCAGGUUAACAAUAAUGGCAUGGAUGUAACUGACAAGUCUAUAAGUGUCAAUGAUCAGCAGCAGCAGCAGACAAUGAUGAUGAACAAUAACAAUAAUAUACCACCACCACCCUCAGCCACCAUGGCUUCUUCACCCACUAAAACCCCAAUGAACAACAACCUUAGCAGCAGUAAUGCUCCCUUAAGCAACAGCAAUGGUUCGCAUUCCGAAAUGGCAACAUCAAGCGCUAGUUCAACAGCCAGUGGUAAUGGAAAUGUCAGCAUGAAAUCGGGCAGCUUACAGCUGAACAUGACUGCUGCCGAAAUGCGUGCUAAACUUAUGAUGAAAAAGAAAUACGAUCCCAAAAAUGAAAGUGUGGACUUGAAAAAGAAAUACGAAAUUGUACAAAAACUUUAAAAUUCCAAAAAUUUACAAGCAGUUUCCAUAUGACAAGCGAUUGCUAUGAGCUAGAAAAAUGAGAUGAAAAUUAUCACUCUUGUGUUACAGAAACUGCUAGUUUAAUAAUGUUUCUUGAAACUUUUUCAUUUUAUUUUUAUUUUCUUUUCUAAUCAGUAGAGUUCUGAAGUCAUUUAUUAUUAUUAUUAUAUAAUUUAAUAAAACCAACAAAAAUAUUCAACAAAACAAUUUAAACAAAAAAAUUAGCUUUAAGUAUGAAACAAUUUUGUUGUCAUUUGUUACAUUCCAUGAAAUGAUUUUUUGUAUGCGAAAAAAAUCAUCUGAAAAAAUUGGAUUAAAACGAGUCACAAUUAUAUUAAAAAAAAUUGAAUUAUAAUCAUUAUAAUUUUAUAAAAAUUUUUAAUAAUAAUUUUUAUUUUUUAACUUUAUUUUUAUUAUGUAUUUUUUUUUAUUAUUAUUAUUAUUAGAAAUUAAACUGUUAAAAAAUUAUUUUACCAGCAAAUUAUUUAAGCAAUGUACUACAAAUGUGUCAAUUAUUUAAGUAAAUUUGUUGCUCUUAAGAAAAAUAUAAAAAAAUAGAUUUACAAUAAAAUAAAUUUAAAAAAAAACCCCAACCAA